AUGGCCACAAGUGGCGAUAAUAAAAAAGUAGAUGAGAGUACUAUUAAUGAUUUAGUAAAUGUGGGAAAAGUAGGAACGUCAUCGGAACAAUCAGUUACCAUCAACGAUCCGGUCAAAGUUACGAUUACAGUUGUGCAAGCUGAUAAAGAUGAUAAGACACAAGCACAAUCUUCGUCAUCAUCAUCAGCAGCGACAACAAGUACCAAUAAUGAUUUAAACACUUUGGGAAAAACUGAAGGCUCUUCAGGAACUCAAUCUAUUAUUAUUAAUGAUCCUGUAAAAGUAACUAUAACAGUAACACAGGCCGCUUCAGAAGAUAAACUAGCAGCAACAGCGCCAGCUCCAGCAGCACAAAUCAUAACUACACAAACAACAUCGACAACUGUAGAAGAGGAAGUGUCCGAUCCUGUGACUAUAACACCUAAAACAAAUAAAACUACCGAUGAAGAGAAGUUGUCGACGGCAGCACCAAUUGUGGAGGAGCCCGACGCAGCAGCAGAGAAAGUGAAUGAAGAAACGACGACGACGACAACAACAACAACAACUGGUCCAUCAAUUGAAGAAGUUAAAGAAUCGACACCUGUUGAUGAAAAUAAGAAAAUAGAAGAGAAAACAACAACGUCACCUGACACUUCUACCGAGGACAAGAAAGAAGAAGCAACACUGGACGAGAAGAAGGAAACUGAACCAGCGUUAGCUGCUGCUGCUGCAGCACCGGCUGAAGAAGUCAAACAAGAGACUGUAACUGAAACUACCACUGAAGAAAAGAAAGAAGAAGCACCUGCUGCAAGCAUUCCACCAGCUGAAGAAGUUAAGAAAGACGAAACCAAGACCGAAACUACCACCGAAGAGAAAAAGGAAGCUGAACCAGCGUUAGCUGCUGCUGCUGCACCACCUGCUGAAGAAGUCAAACAAGAGACUGUAACUGAAACUACCACUGAAGAAAAGAAAGAAGAAGCACCUGCUGCAAGCAUUCCACCAGCUGAAGAAGUUAAGAAAGACGAAACCAAGACCGAAACUACCACAGAAGAGAAAAAGGAAGCUGAACCAGCAUUAGCCGCUGCUGCUGCACCGUCUGCUGAAGAAGUCAAACAAAAGACUGUAACUGAAACUACCACUGAAGAAAAGAAAGAAGGUGCACCUGCUGCAAGUAUUCCACCAGCUGAAGAAGUUAAGAAAGAUGAAACGAAGACUGAAACUACCACAGAAGAGAAGAAGGAAGAAGCACCAUCUGCUUCAAAUGCCCCACCCGCCGUAGAAGUUGUAAAAGAAGAAACCAAAACUGAAACUACAAUUGAAGGUAAAGACAAAUCAGUAUCUGAAGAUACAAGUAAAUCCGGAGACGCCAAGACAGAAGAAGUAUCCCAAGCAACUUCUUCUGCAUCAGCAACUCAGGAAACACCAAAAACAGGAGAAACAACAAGUGUUACUUCUACAGAAACCAAAACCGAAUCUGAACCCGCUUUAGCUUCUUCUGCGCCCGAUGCAAAAGAUGCUAAAUCAGCAGCAGAAAACACAACUAUCACUGACGAUAGUAAAAAAGAAGACGAAUCUAAAUUACAAGCUGCUCCAGCUUCGGAAAAAGACGAUAACAAACCAAAAGACGUUGACUUUCCCAUAGUGAAAGACAGCGCGAAAAAUCUCACAGAUUUUCAACGCAAGAAAGCUGAAUACUUUUUCAAUGUUAAUUUAGAUAUUGAAAAUAAAAAAUAUGUAACAUGGGAUGAUGUUGAAUUUUAUUUAUUGUUUCAUGUUACUGCUGCUGGAAAGGAAGGUGCCGACGGUGGUGAAUUAGAAAAACGAUUAAGUCGAGCUGCACGUGCUUUUUGGGAACAUAUUCAUGAUCAAGUACCAUCAUCCGAUGGAAAACGCGAUAAAGUCACAUUAGAACAAUUUCUUGAUACAUGGGCUAGUCUUAUUGAUUAUUUUUUUAAAAAUGGUAAACUACCAUCGUUAGUUCAAGAUUUAGUCGAUCUUGGUUUCGAAUUAUACUCAAAAAAGGAUGGUGACGGUACAUCAUCAUCGAUUCCUGCAUCAUCGUUUGACCAAUUGUUUCAAAAGAUGAAUCUUGAACCUCGGCAUGCAUUGGUAGCAUACACAUUUCUCACAGAAAACGGUACAAAACCAUUAGAUGCUGAUAAAGUUAAUUCGAUCGUUAGAGCAGUGAUUACAUCGUCUGAUGAUGUACAUAAUUCACGCUUUCUCCUACCAGGCUUCGCCAACACGAUUACCACUAAACCUACUGAAAAGGAUGCAAAACAAGAAACACCAGCUGCCGAUAAAGAUACGGCUGAUAAAGAAGCACCAAAACCUUCUCAACCGGAGCAACCUAGUGAACCGAAAGAAGCACCGAAACCGUCAUCAGAACCAAAUGCUGCUUCAACCAAUCAACAAAAACAACAACAGCAAGCAGGCACACCUCAAACACCAAGUGGAUCGGCUAAAACACAACAGACUCCAACCAGUCCACAACAGCCAGGUAAGCCACCAUCUCCAGGUGCUCCAGGUGGCACAGUUCGACCGCCUCAAUCACCAACUCGUCCACAACAGCCACAGCAACCAGGUAGACCAUCGCAACCAAAUGGUGUACAAAGCUACCAACAGCAGCAGCAACAGCUACAACCAGGCGCACGACUAACACCUCAACAACAAAAAGAUUUCAUCAAACUACAGGAUGAUAAUAUCCGUCGCUUGUUAAGUUAUUAUCAUUUGGAUGAUCGUGAAGUCGUCGAAGUAGAUGAUGGCCCAGCACAUCGUUUCCUUCUUGUCCAUCCCGAACGACCUUUACCACCUUACGUUCAGCAAAAUAAACAAUUACUUCAACAGCUACAAGGCGGUCCAACUAUUCUUUCACCACCUGCUCUUCCAUCUGGACAACAAACCAGACCAGCUCCAACGCCAAGCCAACCAGCUCCUGGGCGAGAAACGCCUUCGGACGAUGGCAAACCAAAAGUUACUUUAGAAGAACGUUUAGCCAGUGGUGAAGCUCAAAAAGGUCCAACGAUACCAUUACGUAACUUACAACAACAAGGUACGGAAGCACCAACAGCUAUACGUCAAGUUUAUCCACCAGUAAGUGGAUCACAACAACAACAACAGAAAACUCAAGCUGGAGGCUACGGACAACAAACUCAAGUAGAGCAGCCAAAACAAGAAGAACAAUUGAAAGAAGAAGAGCCACUAAAACAAGAAGGACCAAGUAAAUCGGAAGAACAAAAGAAGCCUGAAGAACAAACUAAGUCGGACGAAUCCUCUGAAACUAAGGUGUCGUCUUCCUCAUCCGGCCAAACAGACGAGAAGAAGGAAAUAACUAAAGAAGAUGAGGAAAAAAUCGUCGAAAGUGUUUUAAAACAAAUGACACCCAUUGUUGAACAACUCGUUGCAGCUGAAGUUCGACGUACAUUGUUAGCUAAAGAAGGUGGUCAGGAUGAUGACAAUGAUUUUGUUCCAUUUCCAUUCAUGUUCGGCGGCGGACCUAUGCCACCACCAGGAGCUAACUUUGGUGGAGUUUCAGGCGGUGCUGCAUUCAUUCCUCCCGAAUUACUCAUGUCAAUGAUGAGUGAUCUAGCACGAGGAGGAGUCGCGGGAGAUAUGCCUGAUUUCUCAGCAAAUGCACCCCCACGUGGUCCAGGUGGUGCACCAGUAGGUGUAGGAGGCUUUAUGAUGUUCGCCGAUGAUUCUCAAAUGAUGGGCGGUCAACCCCCACGUCCUUAA